GCUCCCCUCCCAAGAUGGCGGACAAUUUGCCCUCCGAGUUUGAUGUGGUGGUGAUAGGAACCGGUUUGCCUGAAUCUAUCAUUGCAUCUGCAUGCUCAAGAAGUGGCCAGAGGGUUCUACAUGUUGACUCGAGAAAUUACUAUGGAGGAAACUGGGCCAGUUUUAGCUUUUCAGGAUUAUUGUCCUGGAUUAAGGAAAACCAGGAAAAGACUGAUGUCAGAGAGGACAGUGAAGAUUGGAGAAAAUUGAUCCUUGAAACAGAAGAAGCUAUUUCUCUUAACAAGAAGGAUAACACCAUUCAGCAUGUAGAAGAUGUCUGCUAUGCUAGUCAGGAUUUAGCUGAAGAUGUUAAAGAAGCUGGUGCAUUGCCAAAGCUGCCUGCCUUUGGAGCUUCUGAUACUAGUGAGGCUGCUCAGGAGUCUGAAAAAGAGUGCCUGCCUGUGGAAAGCCAGUCAUUAGGGACCGAGAGCUGUGAAAUAUCUCCAGAAAGUGUUACGUGCAAUGAUCCGGAGAGUAUGACAGAAAGGAAGGAUGCAGAAAUGACCUCUGAGAGAGAGAACCUCUGUGAUGCAACUUUUGACCAGUCUGCUUUGGAAACAGGAAAAACAGAAAAUGUAUCAACUGCAGAAGCUGCUGCCUUGGACCCAAAGAAAAUUACUUACACGCAAAUUGUUAAAGAAGGCAGGAGAUUUAAUAUUGAUGUAGUUUCCAAGCUGCUCUAUUCCCGGGGACUGUUAAUUGACCUCCUAACUAAGUCUAAUGUUAGCCGAUACGCGGAGUUCAAAAAUGUCACCAGGAUUCUUGCAUUUCAAGAAGGAAGAGUGGAACAGGUACCUUGUUCCAGAGCAGAUGUCUUCAACAGCAAAAAGCUCACUAUGGUGGAAAAGAGAAUGCUAAUGAAAUUUUUGACAUUUUGUUUGGACUAUGAACAACAUUCCGAUGAAUACCAAGAUUACAAGGAAUGUACAUUUUCAGAAUACUUGAAAACCCAGAAAUUAACAUCUAACUUGCAGCACUUUAUUCUGCAUUCUAUUGCAAUGGUGUCGGAGGCUGACAGUGACACCAUAGAUGGGCUCAAGGCAACAAAGCACUUUCUUCAGUGUCUUGGCCGCUAUGGCAAUACACCCUUUUUGUUUCCUUUGUAUGGUCAAGGAGAGAUCCCACAAUGCUUCUGCAGGAUGUGUGCCGUAUUUGGUGGAAUCUAUUGUCUUCGCCAUUCAGUACAGUGCCUUGUAGUGGACAAAGAAUCUGGACGAUGUAAAGCACUCAUAGAUCAUUUUGGGCAAAGAAUAAGUGCUAACUAUUUUGUGGUGGAAGACAGUUACCUUUCAGAGAAAACAUGCACAAAUGUGUGCUACAGGCAGAUCUCAAGAGCAGUGCUCAUUACAGAUCAAUCCAUACUAAAGACAGAUUCAGACCAGCAGAUUUCCAUUUUGACAGUGCCACCAGUGGAACGAGGGCAGCCAGCAGUUCGAAUCAUUGAGUUGUGUUCUUCAACCAUGACGUGCAUGAAAAACACCUACUUGGUUCAUUUUACCUGCUCAUCAACUAAAACUGCUAAAGAAGAUUUAGAGCCUGUUGUACAGAAGCUGUUCUCCCUAAAUGCUGAAGCAGAGAGAGAGUCCGAAAAUGGAGGAGGACUGGAAAAGCCCAGAGUCCUAUGGGCAGUAUACUUCAACAUGAGAGAUUCUUCAGGCAUUGACAGGAAUUCAUAUGACUGUUUACCCUCAAACGUCUAUGUCUGUUCUGGGCCAGAUUGUGCAUUAGGAAAUGACUAUGCUGUCAAACAGGCUGAGACACUUUUUCAAGAAAUGUUUCCUAAGGAAGAAUUCUGUCCACCACCACCAAAUCCAGAAGAUAUAAUCUAUGAUGGAGAUGGGGCUCAGCCAGAAGACCCUGGAUUCAGUAGUUCAUCCAAUACAAAAACAGAGCCCUCGCCCAAGGAAAGCAGUGAUGGAGAUAGCUGUAAAGUUUCAGAAGAACAUCAUAAAGAAUAG